CCUCCCCGCGGGCAGGUCCCGGUGCACACCCCAUCGCACACCCCGUUGCUCCUCCCCCCUCAAAAGGAAGGAAAGGGCGAGCCCCGGCCCUCCGCGGGGCCCGAGCGCAGCCGAGGUGCUCGAGCCGCGAGCCCUCCAAAAGCCGGAGUGCCGCAAAGGACGGACCAACUCACCACAGCAGUGAGCGGCCAGCAGUCCCUCCCCACGCCGCCGAGAUGGAGAGUCGGCAGCACAACGCCACCAAGGAGCCUGAGAUCGAGCUGUUUGUGAAGGCUGGUCUGGAUGGAGAAAACAUUGGAAACUGCCCCUUCUGCCAGCGCCUCUUCAUGGUGCUGUGGCUCAAAGGGGUCAAGUUCAAUGUCACCACGGUGGACAUGACCAGGAAACCUGAAGAGUUGAAAGAUUUAGCGCCGGGCACCAACCCACCCUUCUUGCUGUUCAACAAGGAGCUGAAAACAGACUUCAUUAAGAUCGAGGAGUUCCUGGAGCAGACUCUGGGUCCACCCACGUACCCGCACCUGAGCCCCAAGUACAAGGAGUCCUUUGAUGUGGGGAGCGACAUCUUUGCCAAGUUCUCGGCGUACAUCAAGAACCCGCGCAAGGAAGCAAAUAUCAAUUUUGAGAAGGCCCUGCUGCGGGAGUUUCAGCGGCUGGAUGUCUACCUAAACACUCCUCUCCCUGAGGAGAUUGACCAGGACAGUGUGGAGGACAUCACCAUCUCCAAGAGGAAAUUCCUGGACGGAGACCACCUGACGUUGGCUGAUUGCAACCUCCUGCCCAAACUGCAUAUCAUCAAGAUUGCAGCCAAAAAGUACCGUGACUUCGAGAUCCCAGCGGACAUGACAGGCGUCUGGCGCUACCUCAACAACGCCUACGCCUGCGAUGAGUUCAGCCACACGUGUCCCGCGGAUGAGGAGAUAGAGCACACCUAUGCCAGCGUCGCCAGGAAGAUGACCUAACCCCACUGCAGAGCGCCGGCAGCACUGCCCCUGGCUGAGCCCUCCGCCUCUGCAGUCCUGACACAACCAAACCCCGGCUGAGGGAUGGACUGGAGGGGGUUCACAGCAUUGCUACCCACCGCCUUUCAGAAAUAGCGUCUUGCUUCACAGCCCCCUGCCGCUCCCUCCUCCUCUGCCGCCAGCUGGCUGCAGCCCCCGUGCACCGUCAGUGCUGACCGCGUGUACAGACCGGUCCCUGCGUGGCUGCAGUGGCAGCUGCAUCCCUACUCCCUGAAAAUGGGUCUCAUGGCCUGUGACUACGUGUCAUGGGAAAAGCCAAGUGCUAGCCUUUUGCAGUGGCACUUCGGCAGAAGAGAUGAGACCCCCCAAACGGCUGGGCCAGCCCUCCCUCCCCUUCCGCUGCUGGAACUGCUGUGCUCUGCCAGCCCUGUGCAGCCCCAGCCAUCCCGUACGCUCGGGAAGAGACAUCCUGGGAUCCCAGUGCAUCACCUGGCCUGGAGCUGUUUGAAUUCACCCGGUUGCCCUUCUGCACAGCACCACCCAGCCCGCAUUUGGGCAAGCUCUCUCAUCCACCAAGGCAUCCAGGCUCCGUCUGAAGGCACGGAAAGGCUCUGCCCCCAGUAGUUUAUUGCAGUGACAAAUUGUUCUCACUGCUAGAGAGUUGUAACCUGCGUCUUAACUCUCCAUUAGGACAUGGGAGCAGGAAGAUGCUGGGGCUGAUGCCUGGCGCAAAAGUGCCAGGACCUGCUCUUGGAGGGAAGGAGAGGUGCAGGGACCCACGAAGGGCUGAGGAUGGAGGGCAGAGGAUCAGGACAUCCCUCCCAUGUGUGCCAGCACCCAGGGCCACAUGCUGCUGGCUGCAAGGUCCCGCCUGGCUCCUGUGAGCUAAGAAACCUCACCCUGCCUUGCAGAACACUGCAGGAGAUGCAGCCAUGUGCAAUUCCAGCUCUACCACCCCCUCCCCGGUCCCCACCAACACUUCACAUGCCUGACUGGGAGACGGAGGCAUGGGGUCGGGCAGCCGUCUGGUUUCCACAUCCCCAGUACUGGACAGCCUAAGAGAGCAGGCAAAAGCUGCUUUGCAAAGCACUGUGUCUGUAGGAGAUACUUGGGCAGGUUUGGUGCUUCCUGGCUCAGCGUUGUGCCUUCCUGUUCAGUGUUGCUGAUGCAAGAGGAGUCAAAGCUGCUCUGCACAGCCAUGACAUCCCAUCCUCUCCCAUCCGAUACCUUCAGCUCCCCCAAGGGCUCCUGCCAGUGCUUGUGAAUUCAGCCAGCCCUCCCCAGCCAGCCCCAUGGGCAAAAAAAUACUGUACAGUGAGUGUGGUGGGUCCUGCGGGGACAUGGCAACAGCAGACCCCCCCUCCAGCCCUCACUGCCACUUCGCUCUUUGCACUAAAAGGUGUGUCCUCGCAAGCCUGCCUCUGAUAGCCCUGGGUUUGGGGACUGGUUUUUUUUAUUAAUGGGUUUGGGUUUUUUAAACUAAGAACAGCAAUAAACUAUAUUUUAAUAUGC